AUGUUGAAGACAAUCGUCGCCAUCGCACUCAUUGUGGCGUUUUAUGAGUUCUGGGGUGAUGAUUUGAACCGAAUUUGGUUUCCGGAUGAAUCCAAAACGCCGUAUGAUGUUCCAGGGUUUGAGCUAGACUACAUCUUCCAUCACAACACGGACGGAACAGGCUUUCAUGGGCGGAUGGAGGCAAGCGGAUUGCACGUGCAGACCAGCAAUAUGGGGGUCUCGGUCACCACGAAGUCUAUUUUGAAGUACAAGCGGCGCACUGUUGAGGAGAUUGAGAGCGAUUGGGCUAGCCGGCUACGCCUUCCUGUCGAGGAUCGUUCUCAAGUCGCAUUGGCCCAGGCAUUGGGGAUUCGACCCGGGUUGGUAAACCAACAUGAGCUACAGCUGCAAUCGCAUGAGGUGUCUUCGCCAAAUGUUUCUGAUAAACGCACUGUUCUGUCUCUAGCCGAGAUGGCGGCAAAUGCUUACGUCGCUAUACCCCACCACGGCGAUUGGACGAAUGUUUCCAAAGGAUGGGAUCAUGAGGGCUUUGGAUGGAUGAGUGACGGAAUACGUGGUUAUGUUUUCACAUCUCCAGACAAAAAGCUCGUAGUCUUGUCUUUCAAGGGCACGUCGGCUGCAGUGUUAGACGAUGGCGGUCCAACUGCUCCCAACGACAAGAUCAACGACAAUCUGUUUUUUUCAUGUUGCUGUGCUCGUAUAUCCUACUUAUGGAAUACAGUCUGCGACUGCUAUAUGGGCGAUGGUAACCGCUGCGAUGAGGCCUGUGUCGAAGCAGAGUUUUGGCGUCAGGACCGCUAUUAUAGAGCAGCGCUUGAGAUUUUCGCAAAUGUAACUGCAUUGUACCCGACUGCAGAUUUGUGGGUUACAGGUCAUUCACUUGGAGGCGUACUUUCAUCACUUAUAGGACGUACCUACGGCGUCCCAGCGGUAACCUUCCAGGCGCCGGGUGAUAAGCUGGCUGUUGAACGGCUCCACCUGCCUGUGUCGCCAGGUGUUCCUAUUUGGGAUGAUUAUAUUUGGCAGUUCGGUCACACAGCAGACCCCAUCUUUACAGGUGACUGCACCGGCCCCAGCUCCACGUGCUGGAUCUCUGGAUUCGCGAUGGAAAGCCAGUGCCAUUCCGGCCUUGUAUGCAGCUACGAUGUGGUUAAAGAGUUGGGUUGGAGGCCCUCUGUUGCAAACCACCGCAUCCAUGUUGUUAUCGACGACAUUAUCAACGUCUACGAUCAACCUGCCGAGUGCGUGGUUCCAGAACCAUGCAGUGAGUGCGACGGGUGGGAGUUCAUUGAUCCUUUAGCGCCUCCCGUCGAGAGCAGUACUACCACCACUACAGCAUCCACCACCACGCUUGCAACAUCUUCCACGCCCACACAUACUGUCACCACAGCCGAGCCUAUUGAAAGCUGCGUCACGCGAGCCUGGUACGGCCGCUGUCUUUCGUGGACAACUACAAUGCCAACAGCUACACCAUAUUUAUUUUAA